UCAAAACAGCCAUCUACCUAAUUCACAGAAGAAUCCAACAUAUAUUAUUAUUAUCAUUAUUGAUAUACGAAGAAAUGAGAGAUAUAGUCGGGUAAAUAAGAGUAUUCUCUCCGCAGUUAACCACUCAGUAAUAUCCCGGAAUACAGUAUAAUAACAUCCAUCUCGCGCUGCAUCUGCUCCGUCCUCUCCGCACUAUCAAUCCAUAACUCCAUAACCCGUUAACACAUACUAUUCAUGGCUACAUCCGAUACAUCUGAUUAUUAUCCCCGCAAACGCUCUCGCGGCGGCUGCAUCGACUGCAAAAAGGCCAAGGUGAAAUGCGACGAGGCACGCCCCUCCUGCGGAACCUGUGCUCGACGCGGCCAUAUCUGCCAGGGCUACAAAGCUCCGGAUUCUCGUAGCAGCGCCCGUCGCCCUUCCACCUCGAGCACGGUCUCCAUUCCCAGAGAUACUAGACAAUCAUCGUCAUCAUCAUCAUUGCCGUCGGCAUCAACAUGGCAAAGCCUCAGUCCGAUCCCUCCGGGCGUCAUCUCCGCAGCCGACGAAGAGCCCAUCAAGCAGUAUUUCACCCGACAUCCCGUGGAAAUAGUCAUCGAACAGAGGUUCGUGGACGAGAUGAAUGCGCAUACGCUGCUGGUAUUCCAAUGCGAUCCUGAAGCGAUAGCAGAUACGCUCUACGCCAUCGGCCAGACCUAUCUUGAAAUGACGGGGAAUGGAUCUCUGGUUCCCGCGCUGGAUCGGCGAGCGCGAACACUCGCGCGUUUGCGCAACAUGCAGAACGAUAGCAACAGGUACGGGUUGGAACAGCUCAUUAUGAUGAUUCUAGGGUUGAGUGCGAUGGAGUUGAUCGAUAUCAAAAGCCAGCGGAGAGAAAGCGCCAUUGUCGGUUUGAUUGCCUGUUGCGCGUCGAUUGUGAACCAACAUAUCCAAGCUGGGAAAUCUAUCAGCUCAACGGCGCGGUACUUUCUCCGGGCACUGGCUCGUCAGGAUAUGAUUUGUUCUUUGACGCUGAUGCGUCGUCCCCUCAUCCCCUCGCCGGUGUGGCUGGAUCAAGCGUGCGAGAUGACAGCAGACCGACUUAUGGGAUUCACGAUGACACUGAUGCCCCUGCUAGAGGACCUGUGUGUUCUUGCUUCAGACAUUCAAGAACAAGGGCCCUUGGGCCAGGACUUCCUUUUAGAUAGCGAACCAGAGAUGAGCUCCCCCAUGACGUUAUGUAUGGAGAACCCCUUCAUUCAGCGCGCAGGUGAUCUGGCGCUGCGCCUUCGAAUGUGGCAUCCGACUCCAGAUUAUACAAUGUCUGUCAGCACAGCGAGAAAGUGUUGGGUACAGGCGUACGCGUAUCGGUCUGCAGCUCUGCUCUAUCUACACCGUCUUAUUCAUCCGGCGGAAAGCUCUUAUGAAGCUGACCGCGUGGCCCUGGGGAUGGCCUGUGACGUUUUGGCGCAUCUCAGUGCCCCCGCGAGGGACCUGAAGUUGUGUACCUGGCCAACGUUCAUCGCAGCCUGUGAGUUGGCGACAAGUGAAGAUAGGACCGCAGUGAUGCAAAUCUUCGACGGUAUAUACCGUGUGAGGAACACAGUGACUACGUUGCGUGCCAAAGAAUUCUGUGUCCAGCGUGUUUGGCAUGCGCGAGACAAUGGGUUGGAUUGGAACUGGAUGAAUCUGGUUCAACAGUACCCUGGGGAAUGUAUACCAAUCUGAUCUGUCGAGCGAGCAGAAGAGACAGACAAUCAUGACUUCUUUGACAUUAUUAGGUAGGGGCACACUCGGCCUCUACGCGCCGUUUAUUUUCUUCUCUGCCUUCUCCUGCUCCACCCUCCACUUUAUCAUCUUCAAUUGUUCAUACAAUGUGCCCAGGGUAGGCACCUGCACGCCUAGCUCUUUUGCCCGCUUCAACGGAUUCCCCAAGACAACCUCCAACUCCAUCGGCCUCCCGUGAUCGAAAUCCAACAGCAUGCUUGGCCGAUACCGACAAUCAUUCGGCAGACGAUACGCAUAGAAAUCUAUAAUCUCCUCUGGUGGUGGGUGUCCCGCUGCCUUGGCAAUUGCAUACAUCUCCCACAUUGCUGGAAUAAGCAAAGUCUCACGUCCCCCGGAAGACUGCAGUUCACCUACAUCCAUCCUCAUCACUGUGCAAAUGGUAUUGAACGUUCCAUUCCAGAGUAACUUUUGCCACCGCGCACGUGGCAUAUCAUCCGUGAACGUGCAUUCCGCGUUGGCGGCACCGGCUCCUUUGCUUCCAGCCGUGUACAUCUCAACGAAUUCUCGCGUCUUGCAACUGACGCUCAUGCGGGAGACCGUCGUGGAAGUGCGGACAGAUAGUCAAAACAUCCGUUCCUGGUUGCAGAAUGGUGUUUUCCCCACUGGUCUGCGACCCGAUCAUGCUGAUUGCGGACAUGACGCUGCUGCCAGGAUAGUUCUGUAUGAUGGGAACUUCGAUGUCCAGUCCAUUCUGUAUUAGCACGACGACAGUAUGGCCUGGCGUGAUGACGGGUCUGAUCAAUUCAGCGACGCAGUAGUGAUCUGGUAGCUGUUUGGUGGUGACGACGACGAAAUCGUAUGGAGGGUCGUCCGGGAAGACGGCAUCCUUGACGCUGGGAACGACUUUCUGAGCUCUGUCAGUAGGAGCUUUGCAAAUAGUAGAAUGAAAUAGAUAACUCACCUCUAAACGGUCUCCAUCCAUCCAACUUCCCAUGAUCAAUCGAGUCGAUAUUCCACCCUUUCUCUUUAACAAUGGCAUACCUCGAUCGCAAAACGGCCGUGACUUUGGCCCUCCCGGACUUCUCAAGAACAAGGGAAGCGAUGGUCCCUACGCCUCCACUCCCAACUAGGCAUAUAUUGUUCAUGGCGUGGCAGGUUUAUUUGGGGGUUUUAUACUCCGUGCAUCUAUUACCGUGAGAAUAUUCAAUGGCAAGAGUCGAAGAUAACAAUUGUAGUGCUGCAUUUAUAUUUAAUAUAUAUAUGCCCCACAUUGGUAUACCUAGUAAUAGUACUAUCCUUUCCCUUUUGAGCUGGA